CCGCAAGAAGGUCAUUAUUAAGCAGUCUGCUUUUUGUCUUUCACGGAAACACGAGUGGUACGCAACCGCAACCGCAAAAGCGAUGCGGUACUUUAUUAAAGUAGCGCUUUUCUACACAUGGAUGCCGACAGAGAACAUCAUUACAGAGGCAGGUCUUCUCGGUUUAGUGCUCAGAUGCAAGAGUAAGGAUGUAUGAUAACCAACGACAGGCAGAACCUCUUCUGCCGCGUCUUUCCAAAUCCAACAGCUACCUACUCAGGCUAUAAUGAGACUCCAGGGGUGUCGAACAAUAGGAGUCGGUAAGGGACAGUCUAACGCUGAGAGUCGAGCAGAUGUAAAUCAUCAGAAUAAUCAAGCCGUGCAUGUUUUUGCUGUUCGCGCUGCCCUUCGUUCAGUUUAUAAUUUUGUCGGGAUGACUUUCUUCACAUCUUAUGCGUCAUGUUCUUCGUCUGGGUCUGCAGCCCAGCAGAGCGACAGUGAUAGCGCCACACGGCCAAUGAAGCAGGUAGCGCUUUUCGGCGGAAGAACGGAGAUUCGAAUGAGCGAGCAAUCCGUGUGGCGCUGUUUGUACGGUGCGAGCUUCGGCCUUGUCGUCCUGAACGCGGUAAAGCUACCACUGCUCCUGCCGAAAUUGUCCGCCCGCCACCGCGGCGCGCCUUAUUUGCCUACUUCCCGGAAGGCCCUGGACACGCUAUUCAAUCGUCUGCUUCCACCGCCGCAGCGUGGACCGCCAGGGAGCACAGAAGGAGCAAAAUUUAAUCGUGUCAGAAUGCGCCUAUUGGAUCUGGGCUCCGGUGACGGACGUAUUGUUAUCGCCGCAGCGCGGCAUGGAUACCACGCGACUGGGUAUGAGCUCAAUCCCUGGCUUUACGCCUGGUCUCAGCUCCAGCGCAUCCGCACAUUCGCCCGCAGCGCGGAAGAGCGCCGCAAUUGCAGGUUUAUCCUGGGCAAUAUCUGGAACGUCGUCGGUUGCAGCAGUACUGCGCGGCAGUCGCAGCGGGAGGGCACAGCAAGAGGAACUACCGGUCGGCUGCAGCCAGAGGACUCCAAAAAUCUUGACAGAUUCGAUGUGGUAACGGUGUAUGGCCGCCCAGGGGACCAGGUGAUGGAACGCGUGUCGGAUCUGGUGCAAAACCACUUAAGGCCCAAAUACCUCGUGUCCAACCAAUUUUCGGUCCCUGGCCUAGAGAGCAAGUUAGUAAAGGACUUGGACGGUCUUAAGCUGUACAAGCUGGACGACUGACGUAGACAGAGUUUUAUUAUCAUAGAUCGUUGUCGUUUUCUAUCUCUAGUUGUAAUUUAUUAUACCAAUUGUAGUAGAACUAGUGUGACGCUGGCGGAGGCUUCCC